AUGACCACAGAGCAUGUCUCGAAUGUCUACUCCGUUGAAUCAUUACUCUCCAAUGUUGAAAAAGCUAGUGUAUCGCCAACAGAGUCGGUUGAUGAUAGGAAUGAUUUUCUGAUUUCCGAGGAGAUCAUGACCUCCUGGCAAAGGAUGGCGGCCUCUUUCUCCUUACAACAAAAGUUAUUCAUGAUCCAACAAUCGGUUUCACGACCACCGCCUGUAAACAUGUUUGGCAAUUUCCCACUCGGAUUUUUGAAUGCUCCCGUUUUCUGGCAACAGUAUAUUAGAAGUAUGGCAAUGGGGAUGGUACCACCAACAGAGUCGCCGCCAGCAACAGUCUGGAAUCGCACGCCCACGCCUCCAGUUGAGAUUAAACCGUUUCAUUGUUCAAAGUAUGACGAUGACUCAACAAAACCGUUGGAUUUUCAGCAGCAUCAGCAAGUGCAUAAUAGUGAUAAGCAGUUCGAGUGCAAGCAGUGUGGGAAGACCUUCAAAAGGUCGUCCACAUUGUCUACUCAUCUUCUGAUACAUUCGGACACCAGACCUUAUCCAUGUGAAUAUUGUGGAAAGAGAUUCCAUCAAAAGUCGGAUAUGAAGAAGCACACCUAUAUUCAUACAGGGGAGAAACCACAUAAAUGUACAGUUUGCGGAAAAGCGUUCAGCCAGUCUUCCAACCUGAUCACUCAUACAAGGAAGCAUACGGGAUUCAAGCCAUUUGCCUGUGAUGUAUGUGGUCGGACUUUCCAAAGAAAAGUGGACCGUCGCCGGCAUCGCGAAAGUCACCAUCCGGGCCACCCGGAAGAAUGCGUGUCUGCUGCUCAAAUUUCAUCAGAUCUCUCACCGAAAGGAUACAUGACACCUCCGACAAGCAGCGGAUAUCUCGACUCGUCCGAUGAAUUUCUCAACGUGUUUAGAUUACCCGCCGAGCUGCUUGCGAUCAAAAGUGAAAUCGGUGAGGAAAUGGAGGAUGAGGCGGAAGAAGAGGAGGAGAAAGUAUUGAACUUGAGUGUGUCAUAG